CGGUAUUCUAAAUAUAUAGUAUGACAACAAACCAGCAUGGCUGAUGAUUUGGACGAUGAGUGGUGGGUAACUGACAGAGGCACUGAAGAUAAAUGCGACCCAGCAGAUAGUUCAGAUGAUGGACAGAAUACAGAUAGAUCUGAUGAUGGACAGAAAAAUUCAGACGAUGAACAAAAGAAGAGGCCGCUUGAGCAUAUCGAAGGCAAAGAAUCUGGUCCUAAGAAGAAACGAAAACGCAACAGAAAGAAAAUUACCACAGAGUUGAAGGAGAAAGGAGACAGCUCCCGAGCCACACCUACAGACAUAGUGGGUCUCAUUUCUAAACAUUUCGAGGGAAAACUUUCUGCUGUGGAAUGGGAUGAACUAAAACUAGAUCCAGAGAGUGAUUUUUACGCCAGUAGUGAAGCAGACCAUACUCCUAGCUCCUAUCUGAGGACCAUAGUACCAAAGUGGAAGAAGCUGGUCAAAUCUAGCGACUUAAAACACGGUUCUCCUCUGGUUCUCAUUGUUACAUCGUCUGCCAUCCGAGCUGUCCAGCUUAACAGGGGUAUAACAGAUUUCAAAACAGAAGACUGUAAAUGUGCAAAACUUUUUGCGAAGCAUUUCAAGGUUGAAGAACAACAAAAGUAUCUCUCCAAGAAUGUAUGUCACAUAGGACUAGGCACCCCAAACAGAAUCUGUACUCUUCUUAAAAGUGGUUCUCUACACUUGGAUAGUGUCAGGAGCAUUGUGUUUGACUGGAACUGGAGAGAUAAGAAGUUAAAGCGUAUGGCAGACAUAAUUGAUAUCCGUAAAGACUUGAUGGUGUUACUACAGUCCUAUCUCAUACCACAUGUUCGUGCCAAAAAAUGUAAAAUAGGAAUCCUCUAAUUAAAGUUUAGAUAUAUUG